AUGUUCAGCAAUGGGUGCCGAUUUUUCAACAUGAGGCACGGUAGAAAAGUCCCUAAACUCAACAGGCCGCCCGACCAGAGGCGGGCCCUCUUACAUGGCCUCACGACUCAACUCCUCAAAUACGGGCGCAUAAAGGCCACGAGAGCUCGAGCGAGUGCCAUGCGCAAAUAUGCCGACAAAAUGAUCACGAUGGCCAAGGAUGGCACUCUGCACAAGAGAAGGCAAGUCCUCGGCUUUAUUUACGAGAAGCAAAUAGUCCGCGUGCUUUUUUGCCGAGGUUCAGAAGAUGCGGGGAGAGAAGAGGGUAUACCAGAAUUAUAA